AUGAGGUCACAUGAUGGAGUCUAUCGCAAUCCGACACCUAGGCACAUUCCGCCCCUAGAUCUCCUGACUUUCCUAUUUGACUCUGAAUACUCGUACACAUCCCCGGCCGACAUCGUCUAUGCUGACGCCGAGAGGCCCAGCAUCCAUCUCAACAAAGCUGGUCUACAGCGGCUGAUCGAAGAGUUCGCGUACGGCCUGUGCAACGAGGUGGGUGUUGGCGCCCAGGGACCUUACCAAGAUGUCGUGGUCAUCUUCUCCACAGGCCAAGUUGCUUAUCCUGCCGCACUCUUCUCUGUCAUCGCCGCUGGCGGUGUGGCAUCGCUUGCCUCCUCGAGCUACAAGCAUUCUGAACUUGCGCGCCAAAUCAAUCAAAGCAAUGCUAAGGUCUUGAUCGCUAGUCGCGACGUCUUGCACGUUGCGCGCGAGGCCGUUGCUUCCAUCACCGACAGAAAGGUCACAAUUCUUGUUUUGGAAUCCGAUCCUGACUUUAAUUUACACGUCGAUGGGAAAGAUGGAGAUGCGCGAUUGAGAUCGAUUGCAGUGGAGCACAGAUUGUCGUGGUCUCGGAUCACUGACAGAGAUGAAUUGGAUAAAAGUCUAGUUGCGUUGCUGUACUCCGCAGGGACCACCGGUGAGCCAAAAGGUAUGAUCCCCGAUGAUCAAUUCACCUAUAUCGCACAUUACAGCCCACACUAAU